AAGCUUCAAACAGCGUAUAUUUUCAUAUUAAUUUGACCAAGACGGACAGAGAACAUCCACUGGACACAGGUCUGUCAUGGCAACUAAAGCUAACCGACCCAAUUCGGCAUUUUAAGAAAGAAUCCCAAAAAGCUAUCCAAGAUGGCGACGAGGCACAGGCCCCAUCGCCUGCAUCAGAAGGCCUGCCUGAUCAAGACCUCACAUCGUCCCGAUACCCGGAUGAGCCGAUGACAGAGAGGAGACUACAUAUGAUGCUACAAGAUCUAAGGCACACACUGCAAAAAGGUUUAAAAGAACUUACAGCUGAGAUGCGCAAAGACCUGGAUGAAAUAGGUGACCGAACAAACCAUCUGGAAAAUAGAGCCAAAGAACUAUGUGCGGCUCACAAUGAGGUAGUGGACAAAAUCCAGAGGCUUGCCGCAGUGCACAAGCUCCUCAAACAUAAAAUGGCCAAUAUGGAAGACAGUUAUAACGUCAGAUUUAGAGGGAUCACAGACACAAUUCCUAAUGAAGAACUACCUACUUAUUUGAAAACGUUACGCCGGGCAAUUGUCCCAGGCUUGGAAGACUCAGCGUGGAUAUGGAUCAUGCCCAUCGAUUGCCCCGUCCACCGCGCUUCUCAGCCGAUACCCCGAAAGACACUAUCGUCCCCUUUCACUAUUUCAAGUUCAAGGACUUACUUAUUCAGGCUCCACUGA